UAUCUUAUAACCUAUGCCAGUUUCCUUAUGGCUCCUUGACAGUUGUUUGCUCUUUAUGACUUGUUAUUCCAGUAAUACUAAUUCAAAUGUCAAAGUUAACUCGAUCAAUGGUGGGGAAAUAUUUUACUUGUCUCUUUAUUGACUUACCAUUAAACUCAAACCAUUGAAGUUCAGCCCUGUUUUCUUCCUUGAUGAACAUUACAAUGAAGUGAGUGCCAAGGUUCAGCUGAAACUGAAUCUCUCCGGCCCAUUAGUUAUUAAUAGCUGCUUGUUUAUGCAGCGAGGAAAGUUAAGUUGCAGCGUAAAGGGGAUUUUAGGAGGACAGAAAGCUUUGUGAAGGCAGAAAAAGUAGAUGAAUAGGAGAGAACAGUGUAUUCAUCAAGACAAUAUCAAGAGAAUAUUUCUGGAUGUGUUCUGUAUUUAUAAAUGCCACUGAAAGAUCACUAUCAGCUGUAGUUGAAAGAGACAGUUAAGCCUAUAGCCACAGACAUGGAGUUUACCUGCCGUUACCUGCCAAUGGAAUGGGAAGAUCGAUGGAGGAGAGAGAAAGAGAAGAGGAAAAGAGUGAUUGAAGAAGGUGGGGAAGAGGGGAUAGAACAGGACAACUGCGAGCUGAGGAGGAUCAUGGCUUACAAUGACUCCAGGAUGGGGCUGACAAGUGGGAGGGCUAAGAAAGGAGGGUCAGAGGUCAGGAUCAGUGGUACUAGUCAGGAAGGAAUUGGGGUGAAUAUGAGCGAGGACACACACCAAGGACUUGGUGAUAAUGUCCACAUAUACUGCAGCAAAACUUAUCCUAAAGAGGUAUUCGUUGCCUUGAAGGAAUUCUGGGAUUUAUCUCUUCUCACAGACCUGACUCUGACCACUCAUAAUGGUAACACCUUUGACGUGCACUUGCCUAUCCUUGCUGCCAUCAGCUCAUUUGUUCGAGAGAGGCUGAGUGAUGAAAGUGAAGAACAAUCAGACAAUGGUAACGUUGAAGUCCCAAGGCGCUCAUUGUCUCUGUCUCCUGAGGUUGAUCAUGUUGGGCUACAGGCAGUUUUGGAGUUUGCCUACACUGGAGCUGUAUUGUCUUCGAACAAAGACAGCAUUGCUUCGAUUAUGGCUGCAGCUCAAGCACUGGGCAUCCCUAGAAUACUGGAUCUCUGCAACAAUGAGAAGACAACAAAAGAAGAUGGAAGUUCUAAGAAGGAAGCGCAAAAUAUAUUUGCCCUAGAAGAGAUGAAGAUUACUCUUCAGUCCAUUAAACAGUUGUGGGCAGACCGCGUGUGGUGUGAUGUGAUUUUAGAUGUGGACGGAGCUUUACUUCAUGUCCACAGAGUUAUUCUGGCAGCAAGCAGUGACUACUUCCGUGGCAUGUUCACUUGUGGGAUGAGGGAAUCCUAUCAGACUUGUGUUGCCCUUCCCUUCUUGUUAGCUUCUGAGUUGGAGCCUCUAAUUAGUUUCUCCUACAGUGGGACCCUUCCCCUUAGUUGGGACUGUGUCUUCGAGAUCACGUGCACGGCCCUCCAGCUUCAGUUCCAGUCUGCCCUCUUGCUUUGUCUUGACUUCAUGCGAAAGGAAAUGGAUGCAAGCUCCUGCCUGGAUGUGGCAUCUUUCGCUGAAGCCUACGAGAUGAGAGAAUUGCUUGAGGAAGCAAAUGACUUUGUUAUGAAGAACUUCUGGGAGGUGUCAGCCACGUCAAAGUUUCACCACCUACCAGCAGAGAAGCUUCUAGACAUCAUCCGCUGUGAUGGUCUGUGCGUCCCCUCAGAGUUGGCUGUAUUUCGAGCUGUAAUCUCUUGGGUUGAGGCUGAUCCAGAGGAAAGAUUGGGCCAGGCUGGCCUACUGAUGACUGGAGUCCGCUUCCCUCUCAUGACUUUUCGAGAGUUCAGGGAGGUAAGGGCCAUAAACCUGCGCUUGGAGUGCUUUGGAAACAAGAAGGUGGAACUCUAUGGUUCAGCACUCAAAGAAUUUGGUUUCAGCCUUCCAAAUACUCAGGAUCAGUGCCGAGUCCGACAUCCCAAAGAUGCUCUCAUUCUAGUCGGGGGAGACCAGCUGAACCCAGAUGUUGGUCAACGCAUACCAAGCAGGGAACUGUGGUUUGCAAACUCCCUACGCAGUGGUACAGGGUUGGUGAAGGAGAUGGAGUGGAGGAGACUGGGUGAGAUGCCAGACAAGCCAAAGUUCAGGCAUGGAGUAGCAGCAAUGGUGGGAAGAUUGUAUGUGGUUGGAGGAUGUUACUUUUAUGCUAAGGAUGACAUGAUGAAAUCGGCCUACAGUUAUGACCCUGUGCAGGACAGCUGGAAGAGGCUGGCUGACAUGCAGGAGUUCAGAAGCAAUUUCUCAGUGGUGGUACACGAAGAGCGUCUUUAUGCCAUUGGUGGAGAUAAGGAUAUCAACACCAACGUAGACAGCGUUGAGACAUACAACCCAGACACUGACUCCUGGAGCUUUGUCCAGCCCCUGGACCAGGCUCUGAGUGGCAAUGCUGUCACUGUCAUAGAUGGAGGAAUCUUCAUUUCUGGAGGUUUUAACUGUAAGUAUAAAUGCCUGGUUUCCACGUACCUGUACCACCCAGGGAGAGGAACCACCUACCUGGCAGACAUGACCCACGACCGGGCCCAGCAUUGCAUGGAGUCCCUGCGAGGCCAUCUUUACGUAGCAGGUGGUGUGUGUAACCUGAGAAAGUUUUAUACUGACCAACAAGCAUGUGAGGUAUACGAUCCUGUGGCCGAUUCCUGGACUGCUUUUGCAUCACUGUCUGUGCCCCAUGUGGGGGCAGCCUCAGCCGUCCUAGAGGGGAAGAUCUAUGUACUGGGAGGAUACUGCCAGGAUGACUACAGUGAAUCUGGACUGGUCCACCGGUUUGAUCCCAGCACACAGCGAUGGGAGAACAUGGGCAAGCUGCCAGGGGCUGUGACAGACAUACGGGCCUGUCUGCUCCGAUUGCCCCAACAUUUUAGAUUUUAGUAACUUGCUGGAUAAGAUGAUGGUUUUUUAGAAACUGACAGGCGUGUUUUGGUGUGAUGUUGUCCUAAAAUUCAAUUACGUAAUGUGGUUUUGAAAAAGUCCUGUUGUUUUGUCAGAGACGUGGUAGAAUAAUAGAAAUGUAAGUCCAUGACUCUGUUGGAAAUGUUGGUUUUAUUA